AUGGCGGCGCGGAGGGAAGAAGACGCAUCAGUUUAUCUGGAGAAACGCAAACUCAUUCAGCUUAUAGACAAGCUGACUAAAAUACUCUUCAUUUACAGACCCGAGAAACACAGAGAGCUUCUUAUUGAAAAACUGGAGCAGCUAAAGCUGUCUCGACAGAGUGGUAUGAGGGGGCCAAAUCUGUUUGAUGACUCUAACCUGGAUGUAGUCUUUAGGAUUAUGGACACUGAUGAUAAACAAUACAUCACUUUUGUCCAAUACAAACAAGCUUUGACAAUGAUGGGCAGAAAAGACAUCAAUGAAUGUCCCGAUGGUGUAAAUGAAGAUCGGAUAUCCCAUGAGACGUUCAAAACAGAAGCGUUCUGCAGCCUUAAAGUACGCAGCUUUAAUGGUCCGCAAGGGCUGCGUACUCGAAGACCGCUAAGGGCCGAAGUGCGAGGCUUGUAA